UGGCGCGAAGGUUUAGCAAUGGCAACUGACAAGCUGAAGAGCAAAGUGACUUCUGUUUUCAAAAUGCACGGUCUUCUGCUCAGGGCAGAGGCCGGUAAAUACCUUUGCGAAGUCCUAAGAUCGGUUAAUGAAGUAGAACUUGAAGAUGUAAUUGACAACAUAAUAGAUGCUGUUGAAAAGCAGCCAUUGUCUUCUAAUAUGAUUGAGCAGUCUGUUGUAGAAGCGGCAGUACAGGAAUGCAGCAGAUCAUGUGAUGAAACAAUAGAACAUAUUUUCAAUAUCAUUGGAGCAUUUGAUGUACCACGCUAUGUCUACAAUUCAGAGAGGAAGAAGUUUCUGCCGUUGAAAAUGACUAGUCACCCUCCUCCAAAUUUGUUCGGAACUGCAAGGGAUAAAGCAGAGUUAUUUCGGGAACGAUAUACAAUACUGCAACAGAGAACUCACAGACAUGAGCUUUUUACCCCACCUGUUAUUGGUGCACAUCCUGAUGAAAGCAGGAGCAAAUUCCAGCUUAAAACUGUAGAAACUCUCCUGGGUAGUACUGCUAAAGUAGGAGAAGUGAUUGUCCUAGGGAUGAUAACCCAGCUGAAAGAGGGUAAAUAUUUCUUAGAAGAUCCAACUGGAGCAGUGCAGCUUGAUCUCAGCAAAGCACAGUUUCAUAGUGGAUUAUAUACAGAGUCCGGUUUUGUUUUAGCAGAAGGUUGGUAUGAAGAUAAAAUUUUUCAUAUCAAUGCUUUUGGAUUCCCACCUAUUGAACCUUCCAGCACUACAAGGGCAUAUUAUGGUAAUAUCAAUUUUUUUGGUGGACCCCCUACAACAUCUGUAAAAGCUUCGGUAAAAUUAAAGCAGCUGGAAGAGGAAAAUGAGGAUGCCAUGUUUGUUUUUGUGUCUGAUGUUUGGUUAGAUCAAGUAGAAGUUGUUGAAAAACUUCACACUAUGUUUGCAGGUUAUUCUACAGCUCCUCCAACAUGCUUCAUCUUCUGUGGAAAUUUUUCUUCUGCUCCAUAUGGAAAAAAUCAAGUUGAAUCACUAAAAGUAGCCGAUUUGUUUUUAUACCUGGCCCUGAAGACCCUGGCCCUGGUUUCAUCUUGCCAAGGCCACCAAUAGCAGAACAUAUUAUUGCAGAAUUCCAGCAAAAAAUACCCUUCUCCAUCUUUACCACAAAUCCCUGCAGAAUUCAGUACUGCACUCAGGAAAUUGUUGUAUUCCGUGAAGACUUGGUAAAUAAAAUGUGCAGGAACUGUGUUCGUUUUCCCAGUAGCAAUCUAGAUAUUCCUAGCCAUUAAACUUCAGAAUGUUUGAGUUCUUUUGAUGGUGUCAAGCUUCUAUCAAGAUUUUAUUUAAAUGCAAAAAAAAAAGUUUUAUAAAUGUAAAUGUAUUUUAAGCCGUUUAAGACAAGAAUUUGUAAUAAAACUGUACAGAAGUA